AUGUCCGACACAGCCGCCCUGCUUGCCACGCUAUUACGGCGGGAAAUUGACCCUGAACAAUGCACAUUCGACAUCUGCAGCAUUGAGGACUCAUGGUACAAAUAUCGACCAUCACUGGCGGCCAAUGCCACUUUGACUGCAAUCUUCGCUCUCUCUGCCAUUGCAUUCCUAGUCCAGGGGAUAGUGACUAGGAGAUUCGUCGGCUUUACCAUUGCCAUGGGUCCUGGGGACCAUCGCGGAAGCUGUGGGCUACAUUGGUCGAAUCCUCAUGUGGGACAAUCCUGGAAGGAGACCUCCCUAGGAUCCAUUCAUGAUCCAAAUCUGCUGCCUCACAUUCGCACCCGCCUUCCUCGCUGCAGGCAUCUACUUCACCCCUAUCCCCGCAUCGUCACCAUCUUCGGCGUCCAAAACUCCCGCAUCCCCGCCCUCUGGUACCCCCGCAUCUUCAUCCCCUGCGACAUCAUCGCCCUGAUCCUCCAAGGAGCCGGCGGCGGCAUCGCCUCCGCCAGCGAAGACAGCGAAACCUCCGAUCUCGGCAAAGACAUCAUGAUCGCCGGCCUCGUCGCCCAAGUCGUCACCCUAACCGCCUUCAUCAUUCUCGCCAUCGACUUCUCCGUUCGCGCGUGGCUGCGCAUGCGCACCCUGGGCGACGCCGCCCUCGAUCCCCGCCACGCCCAGCUCCGCGGCUCCUUUAUGUUUCGCGCUUUUCUCGCGGCGCUGGGCGUCGCGACCCUGACCAUCUUCGUGCGCUGUGCGUACCGUGUUGCAGAACUCUCCGAGGGCUGGGACGGGCCGCUGAUGAGGGAGGAAACGCUGUUUAUCGUCUUGGAGGGUGUGAUGAUUGUCAUUGCCGUCGUGGCGCUGAACGUGUUCAAUCCUGUGAUUUGCUUCAAGUCUGGGUAUGAUAAGGAUAUCAGUCAAGAGAUGAAGGGUAGGAAGAGCGAGAGUGAGAGUGAGAGUGAGGGGAACGUCGCUGCUGACGAGGGUCCCAUGGAAGAGGUGAGAUGGGAUCGGGUGUAG